AUGUCUGUCAGAACCAUGAAUCACCUUUUCUGCUUCCUCCAUAUUCCAGAUACAAGUGUUGAGAAUUCCACCUGCAAUCUCAGCAUAUAUCUUAUGUGGUGUCGUGAACCUUUACCUCCAAAAAAGGUCACAGUUUCAAACAAGGACACAAGGCCCAAGAAAAGACACUGUUCAUCAGAUCAUGAUGAUGAGAAAAGGGCAAGAAAAAAAGAGUCCAACAUCAAUCCUCAUGAAGAAUUUCUUGCCACUGCAUGCUGUAUUGCGCGCUGCAUCAAUGUGUUUUGUUUGGCUCUGCAGCAGCACGAUGCUGCAGAGAAUGGUGAGCUAUCGGAAGAUGAAGAUUCCCAGGUUUCUCGUGAGAAGCAACUCUCAAAGAUUUCAUCUAAAGUCCAAGAACGAUACAAGAGGAACUAUGCUCAGCUGCUUCAGCUUGCUCCAAGCUUAAAACCUCUACUUGGUAACCCUUGGAAAGCCUCUGAGCUCAAUACUAUCAUCAAGAAAAUGGAUGCUACUAUCUCGGCUACUCACUCUGAUGACACCUCACAUCUCAAGAGCCAAAUUGGCCAUUAUGCAGCCUUCAACACCAAGGACCACCCAAUAUAUCUGGCUAUAUAUGACAGAAGUAGUUCAUGGACCCAUUUGGGUAUUAACCACCCUGUUCUAGUGCAGUUUCUCUGUCUGGUCAGGGAACUUGGGAGAUUUUCAGAGGAUGCCGACAAGGCACUUAAAGACAUUCAGUGCAGCAAGGUUAACUUGACCACAUUCAUGCUUCCCGCAUUCCUAUGGGCUGGAGACCCACCAGGUCAAGACUAUAACAACAACAACAUGUUCGAGGGCAUGUUUGAUGGGUACUUAUUGGAGCGGGUUCAUUUUGGUAUCAGUGCUAAGAACACUUGGUCCAAAAUUGAUGGUGCUUUCAACUGCUAG